CCGCUUUCUCUUUUUUCGAGUGCCGCUGAAUAUCAGUGACAGUUGGAGCUUUGAGCAGGCAAAAAUGGGAGGCGGCGGAGGUAGAGGCGGAAGGUCUCGCACUCAGAGAAAGCAUUUCCGACAGAGCAGAGAGAAUGUCUGGAAGCGUCCCAAGUCCGAUCCUUCUUCAGACCAAAACGACAACAACAACAACAAUAAUGGAGCCAAUCCAAAUUGGCAGCCUUUUGCCACUCAGAACCCCGCCUUCGAUGAAUAUUACAAGGAGCAAGGGAUUGUGUCUUCAGAAGAGUGGGAUGCAUUCAUGGGUGUUCUUAGAAAACCAUUACCCGCCGCCUUUCGGAUAAAUGCGAGUAGCCAAUUCUAUGAAGACAUCCGAAAUCAGUUAGAAAAUGACUUUAUGAAUUCUCUUCAAGCUGAGGUCACUGAUGGGGAUGAACCAGAGGCUAUUAGACCGUUGCCUUGGUACCCUGAGAAUCUUGCUUGGCAUUCAAAUUUUUCUCGCAUGCAGCUUAGGAAGAACCAGAAUCUUGAGAGGUUUCAUGAGUUCUUGAAGCUGGAAAAUGAAAUAGGAAACAUCACAAGACAGGAGGCUGUCAGCAUGGUGCCUCCUCUUUUCCUUGAUGUAUGUGCCGAUCAUUUUGUACUUGAUAUGUGUGCUGCACCAGGUUCGAAAACAUUCCAAUUGCUUGAGAUUAUUCAUCGAUCUGCCAAACCAGGAUGCCUGCCUGAUGGACUGGUUGUAGCAAAUGAUCUCGAUGUCCAAAGAUGUAACCUUCUCAUUCACCAAACAAAAAGAAUGUGCACUGCUAACCUGAUAGUGACAAAUCAUGAAGCUCAGCACUUCCCUGGCUGCCGUUUAAACAAAAAUGACUCUAAUGCUUCUGGAAUAGGAACUGAAUUGGAGUCGAGCAUUAGACAACUUCUCUUUGAUCGUGUUUUAUGUGAUGUUCCUUGCAGUGGAGAUGGCACCCUUCGAAAGGCACCUGAUAUCUGGAGGAAAUGGAAUGUAGGGCUGGGCAAUGGGUUGCAUAGCCUGCAAGUUCAGAUAGCCAUGCGAGGUAUAUCUUUGCUUAAAGUUGGUGGCAAAAUGGUGUACUCGACCUGCUCAAUGAAUCCAAUUGAGAAUGAAGCUGUGGUAGCUGAGAUUUUGCAGCAAUGUGGAGGGUCUGUUGAACUUGCAGAUGUCUCUAGUGAGCUUCCUCAUCUUGUCAGGCGGCCAGGUCUUAAGAGAUGGAAGGUACGUGACAAGGGUGUCUGGUUAUCUUCCCAUAAAGAUGUUUCCAAAUAUCGGACAAAUGCAAUUGUUCCCAGCAUGUUUCCUUCAGGGAGAAGCUAUACAGGCACAACUGAUAAUAAUCAUCGUAUGGAACUUGGAGAAGAGUGUGAGAACAAUGGAAAUGGAAAUUCUGAAGAAUCUAAAGAUACCUUCCUUCCAACAGAGGAUUCAAGAAUUCAAGCUGAUGAAUUAAAUGAGGAAGUUUCUGAAUUUCCACUAGAACGUUGCAUGAGGAUACUGCCACAUGAUCAAAAUGGUGGAGCCUUUUUCAUUGCUGUCAUCCACAAGCGUGCCCCUCUGCCAGCCAUUCAGGAGAAACCGAAAUGUCUGCUUGAGAAUGAUUUGUGCUCUAGUAAAAGUGAGCCCCAUUUGGAAACACAAAAUCAAGUUACUGAAGAUGCAAAUGAUUUGGAGAUUAUUCCAACAGAAGGUACAGAUGAAAAAUUUUCAGAAGCAGCUUCGGAGGCAGAUUUGAUAGAUAAUAAUCCUGAUGGGGCUGCAGAUUUGAUAGAAAAUGAUCUAGGUGGGGCUGCUUUGGAACCUGAGUCUUCCACUGCAUGUAAAGAACAUAAUGUGGAGGGUGCCCAAGUGCCUGGUGAUGGGGAAACUGACCAGAAGAAAGCUGGAGGAAAAAGAAAGUUACAGAUUCAAGGCAAGUGGAGAGGGGUUGACCCUGUUGUUUUCUUUAAAGAUGAAGCUAUUAUCAGUAGCAUAAAGACAUUUUAUGGAAUUAAGGAUAGCUUUCCACUCUCUGGUCACCUUGUGACAAGAAACCUUGACAAUAACCAUGUGAAGAGAAUUUACUACAUAUCAAAGUCAGUCAAGAAUGUUCUUGAAUUGAAUUUCUCUGUUGGACAGCAGCUCAAGAUAACAUCCAUUGGCCUGAAAAUGUUUGAACGACAAACAUCAAGAGAAGGUAGCACAGCACCCUGUUGCUUCCGUAUAUCAUCUGAAGGGUUGCCACUUAUUCUUCCAUACAUCACUAAACAGAUCCUAUAUGCAUCUCUAAUAGACUUCAAGCAUCUUUUGCAAUAUAAAUCUAUCAAAUAUUCUGAUUUUGUUGAUGCUGAAUUUGGCAAGAAGGCAUCAGACUUAAUGCCAGGAUGCUGUGUAGUAGUUUUGAGGAAAGAUGACAACGCCUCCUUGGAUGGCGAAAUUGAUGGUUCAACAAUUGCCAUUGGAUGCUGGAAAGGAAGGGCCAGCCUGACUGUGAUGGUCACUGCAAUUGACUGCCAAGAACUGCUAGAAAGGCUUGUAAUACGAAUGGAAACUGAAAAGGAGUCUUCAGUUAAAGAAGUUGAGCCCUCAAAUUUGGAGGCGGGUCUAGUAGAAGAUAUAGAUGGUAUUGAAAACGGUGACAAGUAUGAAAGUGGGGACUGAUUUUUAAAUUAAAUACAAAUUUUGACAAUCGAAACUUUCUAUGUUGUACUCUUAAUAUGGGUAAUUUUCUGGUCGGUGUUACUUUGACAAGGGAGAUAUUCAUCUUGUAUGCCAUGUGAUUUCUGCAGCGGUAUUCUUUUCACGUGGAUUUUUUUGUUCAUUGCUUCUUUUAACAAAAUAUUUUCUGGAGAAAAUGUUUGUUCUUAAAAAUGCUGUGAACAUUGUAAUAUUUGUGGAAAUCACCACAACAAUCGGAGAAUUUUAUCUACAGCGAAUUCUCGCUUAUUUUCUUCCCCA